AUGGAAGGUAAGCGUCUGGAGGUGAAAAGUCCCAUGGGAGACGCGAUCUCCAGAAUCCGCUUCGCACCAAGAUCUAACAAUUUACUGAUCUCAUCUUGGGACGCCGUGCGUAAUCAUCUCCGACCCCCUCCGCUUUUGUUUCUUCCAUCGAAUUUCGCUCACUGUCUGGGCCGGUUGCUUCGAUGCAGGUUCUCAGGCUUUAUGAUGUAGACGCGUCGGAUAUCCGACUGGAAGUUCGUUCAGAGGGUGCUCUGAUCGACUGCUGCUUUGUUGACGAAUCAGCUGCAUUAUCUGCUGGCUCAGACUGUUGCAUUCGGAGGUGAAUUAUAUAUAUCUGGUUUUUUCAAUUGAUUCCCUAGUACCAUGUAGGAAUCUACCUCCAUAGGUGCUUCAGAUUUGGGAAACAUUCCUAAUGGGAUGGGUGUUUACUAUAACUAUAUAUGGGGCUUCUUGCGUAAAUGAAUUGUGUUUGCAUGAAAACAAAAUCCACGUGCCCUAAAUUUGGCUAAUAUUGUACUUACCGCUAUAACAACUUUAAAAAUCUCUCGUAUGGAUUGCUUGUUAUUCAUGAAUUUAUCUGGCAUGUUCAUAAAUUUUCUUAGGUAUGACUUGCCUUCAGGGAAGCAUGAAACGGUGGGAAAGCAUGAUGAUGUUGUGACCUCUGUCGAGUAUUCCGAAGAAACUGGUACUUUUCGUCUUCCGAAAUUUAUUCUUUAAAUAUGUAAAGUACCUUCCUUCUGUCACUGGAACAAUCGCGUAAAGUUUCUGCAUGUCUUGAUUUCUGUCUAUUUAAAGAACAAUGGCUUAACCAUAUUCUUCUUAGCUUUUUCAAUUGAUUUUGUUGGUCUUCUGGUCGUUUUCUUUUCAGUAAUGAGCACCAUGUUUCAUGUUGGUUAUCUGUUUCCAGAAACGAUGAGGUGUGAAUAUUUAUCAUGAUUUUCAGAACAUCAAGUCUAUACCUUUCAUCUGAGUCACUUUGCAGAUGACCAGAACUAAUGCAGAUUUUGUAUGAAUAAGUCGUAUGCAAAUUUUUUUAUAGUCUACAUUCAUCUGCUGACAGAAUCAGGUUUUCUCUCAUGGAUAGUUCUACCGGCGAUUAUCUAUAUUUUAAAAAGGUUUCGAUGCUGUUGGCUUGACUUUGGCAACCUUGAGUUUUCAAAUAUGAAAUGGCUGACCAUAUUUUAGUUCCUACUUCCUGAAUAUGAAGGUGGUGGUUUCAUCCUCUGCAGGACAGUUGAUCUCAACUGGAAUGGAUAAAAAGUUGAUUCUCUGGGACAUGCAUGCAUGUAGGGAAAAUGGAUUCAUCAAAAUGGACUCUGAAGUGGAGUCUCUAUCUCUGUGUGAUUAUUAUCUAAUGGCUGCAGUUGGAAAGUGUGUAAAUGUAUAUGAUUUGAGAAAUCUAACCGGACCACUUCAAUCAAUGGGAUCCUCCAUGGACUUUCAAAUAUGCUGUGUCCGCUCAUUCUCUAACAGAAAAGGUAAUAGAGAUUUAUUUCGAUAUAAAUCCGUAGCUUGUAUUUUCUAUUGGUAAUUUUGAGUUAAAAAGCUCCCUAUCAGCUUAACUCUCUCUCUCUCUCUCUCUCUCUCUCUCUCUCUCUCCACACUCACACCCACACGCGGAUGCAUUUAUGUCUUUUCUAUUCGUCAAUUUCUUCUUGUAACUCAAGCGCUACAUGCUCUCUUUGGCACUGUUUGUUUUAUUAUAAUUUUGUGCCAAGCAUAUAUUCUCUCUUACUGGCCUUUGGAAUAUUAUCUUCAUGUUCAAUUAAACAAUGUGAAAUACUUCAAAAAUGUGAUUUAUCCCUGGAUUCUCAGAAAUGAGAAGAAAUUUGACAUUAAAAGAUGUAGAGAUUAUAUCACAAUAUGAUCUUGGUGUGGAAUUAGAAAAGACUCGUAAUGAAAAACUUAUGUAAUAACACCAAGAUAAAUGGUCAUUUCAUCAAACCCUUGAUGUAUGCUACUCUCCAAGUCUUCUACUGGGAAUUUACUGCAUCAUCCUUAGUCUGUUAUAAGUUAUCUUCUUAAAGGUGACUACCAAUUUUUUACUCCAAGUCCUUGGGAGAUUCUCAGAAACUUUUUAGAAACCAACCCUAAAAACUAUCACUAAACAACUUAUGAGAAAUUUUAAAAAUCUCUAAGAGUGUCGAAGUACGAAUGCACCAUGCCAGUAAGGUCCACUUGAACCCUAAGAAGAUCACUUUGGUACGUGUGAGCGUUGGAGAUUAUGAAUUCCUAGGUCUUGCACUCUUGAAUUUAUUGAGGUCCUUCUGAUUCUGAUAUGAUGUGGCUUUUAUAGCCAAUGGAGUGGGCCUGCCACUCGCAAAAGUUCAUUUCUUAAUGAUUCUUAGAACGGACAAUUUUCUACUUAUUCUUUCUAGUCAUUUUGUCGUUAAAUUGAGGCUUUAAAUCAUCAAGAUUAGUCUAUUGAGUUCGUAAAAACAGAGGCAUGUGUAAUUCUCUAGGUGCUCUCUUUUCUGUCUUUAGUGCCUCAUAGAUUUACUUUUAACUUUGGAUGUACCCUUUGGUCAUUACUCUUUUCUGUGUUUUGCAGGAUACAUAGUUGGUUCCAUAGAUGGACGUGUUGGUGUAAAUUUUUUGGAGAGAUCUUGUUCAAGUGAAACGGGGUUAGAUUCCAGCUUUUGUUAAUUAUCUUCUGCCAUAGUAAAUCAGCAUUUAAUCCAUGACUACGUUCAUCUUUUUGAGAACAUGCUGCAUUGUUGAAACUAGCAGAGCCCUGUCUCCAUGGCCCUGAUGUGUAAUCCAUACAUAAGUUUUAUUCAAAUAAUCUAAAAAUAUUUAAAUUAAAUGUUCGUUGACUUUGGGAUUUAUAGACAUUGAGGCUGGCAGAUGUGCUUAUCGCUGGCCUGAUCUUUGGCAGGUGCGUUUUCCUUUGUCAUCCAAGGUCAAAGGAAAGAAAGCAUCAUUUGGUCGGCAUAAACGACAUUGCAACCCAUCCAUGGUGUGCCUGAGCUUUCCCUCCUCUCAAGUUGACUUCUAUUUAUGUCGGAUUUAUCCCUAGUUGACCUCUAAUUUGGGGAUUUAUGUCGGAUGUAUUUCAAGUUGACCUCUCAAGUGGGGUUUUGCAGCCAAAAUACCUUCGUCACCGGAGAUAAUGAAGGCUAUGCUAUUGUCUGGGAUGCUCAGAGCAAGAAGAGGAGUUUUGAGGCACGUUUUACCUUUCACAGAUCAUCUUGUCGAUUUCUUUCCCCCCCCCUUUUUUUUUCCUUCUGUAACAUGGGUUUUGGUCAAAUUCAUGACUUUUUUGUUCAUGAUAUGACCACUGAUGAUUUUCAGGCUGAACUAUACUAUUUCCCCUUUAUAUCCGCAUUUUUUAACCAUAGUUGGGUUAGCUCUACCUAAAUUUAACCAGAGGGUUGACUUCUCAGAACGAGAAUAGUUUGGAGGAGAUUUAAGAACACUAUUAGAAAGAUGAGGAUUUAUGAGGAAUUAUUACCAAUUCAAGGUGGAUACUGUGAAACUAAAAUAAAAUAUAUCUCAGACACUCUUUCAUGAAAUCAUUGGUUGACUUUGACAGGGUUUGUCUAUCAUGCCUGGUUGACAUCUGUUUUAUUUGUUGACUAUCAGCUAGGGUUCUAAGAAUGUUCUUUCUCUUACACAGUUCCCUAGACACAGAGAUAGUGUGGCGUCAUUAUCAUAUAACCACAGCGGUCAGAAAUUGGCCAUCGCCUCCAGUUACACGUACAGGGAGGCCAAUGAAAUGUGAGUCUCCUCCCGCCAUAUCAGUUUCAUCGUGUGAGGCUUCCAUCUAUUUGACUUUUUCGUGUUUAAGUCAUCGUAUUAGCAACCUGACGAUAUUUUUGAAGCUGUUGUGAUCAUGAGACGGAGUUGUUUUUUAUAAUUUGUUUUCAGCAUGUGAUCCGCAUAAAUAGCUCGUAUCAGUUGAAACUCCUAACUGUGGUUGACCUGUCCGACGAUUAUUCUGAACCAGUUAUCCUCACUAGAAGUCAACCCUCUAAAUUAUAUGAGAGUCAAAAGUCUCUCUCCCUUUUCUCUUUCAUCGUAUCAGAGUUCAAUCAGAUCGAGAUGCAAUAAAUGUUCUCCUUUUUACAGACGUUGACUUGAAUAAAAUGGCGGUUAAGCCAUUUAUUAGAUAUUAUUCAGUCAACCUUCUGUGAUCUUUCUGAAACUGUUCCGGAUGAAGCGGAGUCUGUCUUUUUUCUUGGGUUUUCUGUUGUAGAUCGCUGUAAGGAGAUCAAUUUAUAUAAAACCCCUCGUUUUCAUCUCUUAAAUGGGGUAGACCCGGUGGAUCCUGGUCAACAACCAUUAUGGCCCGGAUACCCUCAUCGGAAGUCAACUCCUCUCUCUCGCUCUCUCUCUCUCUCUCCCCCUCCCAUUGGUAUCGGUGAUUGCUUGGCGAACUCCAAGAAAUGGCAGACACUCAAUUGCCCUUCUCUCUCAUCGUGUCAGGCAACACGCUCCUGAGAUCUUCGUGCAGGAAGUGGACGACCUAGGAAGGCCAUUUCUGGAGUGA